ACAUAAGCACACAUACGCAUUGUUGUUUUUACUGUACUGUGUAACGAGGGAAGACACGUACGCCGGUCGUUUUACUGCUGUAGGCUAAUCCUCUAAACGUCAGUUUUAAUUAAUUUUUUAAGUCUUUUGCUGAGAUAGCUACCAUUUUAAUACUUAGACCGCCACGGUCAAGCAAGACACACAAUGGUGACACUUUCGAAAGAGUAUGGGUACGUUGUGCUCACAGGCUGUGCUUCCUUCGUACUCAUAAAAUACCUGUCCCACAAGGUGUGUAAGGCUCGCAAACAGUACAAUGUAGAGUGUCCAAAAGUGUAUUCCGACGACGUAGACGCAGAGACUGGUGACAUCUUCAACCGUAUAGUCAAGAAUCAACAAAACACUAAUGAAAACCUUCCUCCGUUCCUCUUUCAUUUGUCCAUCGGAGGUCUUCAACAUCCACGCCUGGCCAGUGCUUUGGGAAUGGUUUGGAUUGUUAGCAGGGUGGUCUCUGCACAUGCAUGUUGUAGUGAAGACCCUGCUAAGCAGCACGGAGGGAAGCUUUCGGAAGUGGCCCUCUUUGGGAUGUUCCUCUGCUCACUGGACACUGGGAAGGUUAUACUAGGCUGGAGAAGACCCUGCUUUCCGCGACGUUUUAUCACACGAGUGUAAAGAAAAAAUUGUGAGAUUUUAACCCUUUUAAAUAUUGUUACUUGUGUUGCACUACUAAUGUUAUGCAUUGGUUCACUUAUUGUUAUUUUUCAUUGUCAGCGUUUUACUUGAACCAAUAAAUAAAAUGCAUUUGUCUUGUA